UUCUGUCCACAGCUCUGGACCUGGUGGACCUCAGCGAGCCGGGGGAGAGCAGCACGGGCAGUAACGGCGGUAGUAGCGGGAGCAGUAGUGUCGGGGGCAGCAGCAGCAACAAGGACCAGAGGAGGAGCCCCCAGAGGAGGAGCCCUCUGAGGAGGAAGGGCAGCCCGAGGAGCCCGAGAUGCCGGACGAGACCUGACGAGACGGAGCUGAUCCAGGUGGAGGUAGAACACCUGCCUGCCAGUCCCAGAACACCUGAGCGGAUCUCACUGGACUCAGUCAGUCUGUCUUCUCCUCUGGACAAAUGGGACGAGGUGAACCUGGACGUGGAGGACGCAGGACGCAAGAGAUACGAGAAGAGAUGCACCUCCCACCACUCCUCCAGCGAACUGCUGUGGUCUGCGGAGUUUAAAACUGAUCCUCUGACGAAGAACUGCUUCGAAGUCCACAGCUUCGACGAUCUCGACUUCAUAUCUUCAACACAGGACUGCGCGGCGUCCAGACAGCGGCGGCGGACUCGUUCCCUGCUGGCCAGAAAAGAGUCUCUGGAGGACGAGUUUGUCAGAGCGAAGGCUGCUGUUGAGUCCAGCAUGAUGGUGGGAGUGUCCUGGUCUGGGGCUGCAUAAGUGCUGCUGGGACUGGGGAGCUACAGCUCACUGAGGGAACCAUGAAUGCCCACAUGUACUAU